AUUUGUUUGGUUGUUGUUACGUUUGCUAUUGAUUUUUUUAUCAAUUGUCUAUUUGUUCAAUAUUGAAAACGGUAUGAAAAUAUUUGUUAUUCGAAGAGGAUUUUAGGUGUCUUUUAUAAAACCUGUCAGUUUUUGAUUGAUUUCCUUUGAUUACUUUAAGAUUCUAAAAACAAAAAUAGUUUGACAUCAUAAUAAAAUGUUAUUAUACUUUUACGAGUUUUUCGUUUUUGUUGGUAGUUUCGUAUUUGCGUUUUAAUUACUUCAGUAUUUAUCUACAUCAGAAGCUAGUGGUUUUUUAAAAGUACUUCAAAAGGAAAUUAAUAUUGAUAUAAAAUAAAAACAAAAUCUGGUACUGCUGACUGGCAAAUUAGACUUAGUGGCACGCUUACACAAUGUCACUUGGCGAGAACUUAGAGAAUAUCAGUGGGUACUUAGACACAGAGUUCUCCGCAGGUGAUUCUAAUAAAAUGAAAUGUAAACAGUUUUACCAGGAGGAGAACAAUAACGAGGUUGAUGAAUUAUCAAAAGAAUUGUCUGAAAUGGGUUGCAUAGUUGAUGCUGUUAAACGGCCACCAAAUAUAUGUGUUGAAACUUGUGUGUACGAAGAAUCAGGAAGUGAUAAUAAGAAUGGUGAAAAAGCUAAUGAUAAUGACGAUAUACAUUAUUCAGAUGAAUUUGAAGAGGAAGGUAGUGACAUAGAGAUAGAACAGAAAAGUAAGAUUAUUUUAAACAAUAGCCCAGAUGAAAGAGAUGGCAAUAAAAGAUCAGUUAAAUUAUCAAAAAGUCAGUCAUCAAUGUCUACACAUAAACCUCCUUCUGUUUCUGGCAGAUCCACUGAUUAUGGUUCAAUAUCAGUACCGCCGACACGCCGUAUUAACAUGUCAUUCACAAAUGAAAGACUACGUGAAAUAGAACGACAUAACCACAUACUUUUAAAUAAGAUCUUGAGUGCGAGGAAUAAGAAAAAAUCGUCGAUACCAAACCGGGAACAGUCUCCUCGACGUCCGUUGCCGCCGGCCGCUGUACACAGGAAGAUGCAGCAGAGGAAAAUAGAUCAUGACAACAUGAUAUUGCUGAAGAAAAUUCAGCGUGCCAAGUCUUCAGCGUGCAGCAUCCGCCGUUGAUACAGAUGUCGCGUCCGGUGCGCGGGCGCGGGACAUCACAACGCUUUGUUGAAUAUAUUUUAUACCACUGUUUUCA